AUGGUAUUCUAAGAUUUGUGGAUUACUCAUGAUAUUAGUUUCAAUUUUCUGCAUGACCUAGUAUGCUGUCCAUUAUCGGUUCAGUCGUUCAGGCUCAAAUUUAACACCAGCUGCAGCUUAUCAGAUAAAUGACUUCAUGCAGCCUGGGCUCUAUUUUGUUGUGGUUGGAAGUUACAGUUUUUAUUUUUUUUCACGGAUAAUAUAUGCAUUAUACAUUCGUCAGCUAUAAAAUUGCUCGAGGAUGUUCCCGUUGUGCAUCUCUCCUUGCUCUUCCAUCUUUAAGCAAGGUAAUGUUUAGAAUUUGAAUACGAGUUCAUCUAAUUUGUUGAUCAGACUGAUACAUAGAUCAGACAUUUGGAAUGAUGAUGCAUGUAAAUUGUCGAAGGCAACGUUAGAAUUUAAUUGGAAACUCGCUGUCUGCAUUCUUAACAAGUGUCUUUUAUGUGAUUUUUCACACCAGUGCCAUCUUCUUGCUCGAUGCUUGCAUGUGCAUAUUCCGCUGGCGCCUAAAAUAUGCAUUGAAUGCUAUUUUGAUAGGUUGAUUUAGACAGAUGUAUAGUUUUUGGAUCCUUACUAUAAUUACAAUUUACUGUAUGGUACUUUGCUUGAAAAGAUAAUCGGUAACAUUGAGAGAAUUUCCAAAUGCAUGGCCUAGCUAGCGAAGUAUCCUUCUCAACAGUGAACAUCAGGUUUCCCACCGCAGCAGUGUCAUACAGACACGAAGCUUCUACUUUUAUCUUUUCCUACUAACCCAAACGGGCAGCCAAACAAACCCAAAAACCCACAGCUAUAUAAUGCUCUGUGUUUUUGUGUAUUUGCUCGUAUAGCUGUGUGUGAGUGUUGUGCUUGACAAUAAUAGAGAAGAUUCAAGAUGAUGCACGUGACCAUAUACUGGGGAAAGAAGGUGACCCUCCUGUUCCACUGGUGGAAGACCAGGACAUGGAUGAGUUACCUCAUCACCUUACUUGCCUGCUUCCUCUUCUCCGCCUUCCAUCAGUACAUGGAGGUCCGCCGCAUCCGCUUCAAGUACUCCACCUCCAGUAACUCCUCCACAAUCGCAGCCCCACUGCUCUCCAAAUUUGGCCACUGCCGCCGAUUUUUCCACCCUGCCCAGUUAGCCACCUCGCUGUUGUUCGGGGCCCAUUCCGCAAUGGGGUAUCUCCUGAUGCUUGCCAUCAUGUCAUGUAAUGGAGGGGUUAUCUUGGCCAUUGUGUUGGGACUGUCUUUUGGGUAUUUUGUGUUUAGAAGUCAUGGAGAUCAGUGAGACCGCCACAGUCCCAAGUGUUGAGAGUUCCUAAAUAAGCGCUUCAUGUAAUAUACAAAUAAAUGUUUUUGGAUUUUGAUCUCAAAUGUUAUAUGAUUUGUUUAGUUAUGUUAUUAAUGUGUGAGUCUUUAUGAAAU